GGGGGGGGGGGGUGUGUGAAUGAAAUAAAUGCAAAUUGCAUAGAGACGUAUAACAGGCGCAUAUGAAUUAGUUAUUGAGAGAGAGAGAGGGAUGGCGUAUGGAGGAGGUGGAAGAAGGGUGAUGGGGCCGCUGCUGGUGGUUAACGCGGUAGUGUGUCUCAUACUUGUUGGGUUGGCCGGAUGGUCUCUCGACAAAUACAUCGACGGCAACCAGAGCCAUCCUUAUUUGGGCGGGAACCCUUCAACAAUUUUCCUUCUAGUAUAUGCAUUAAUUGCAGGAGUGAUGGGCGCAUGCUCAGUGAUUUUGGGUUACGCUCAUCUUCGAAUAUGGAGCAGUCUCACUCUCGCCACUGCUACAACUUCAGCAAUCUUUUCAUGGGCAUUAAAUGCACUCGCUUUUGGGCUUGUUUGCAAGCAAAUCAUUAUGGGAGGACACAGGGGUAAACGCUUGCAAACACUAGAAGCAUUCAUCACUAUAUCAGGAGUGACUCAACUACUCUACUUGCUGCUUCUGCAUGCUGAAACGUUUACCAGCAGAUUCUAACGCCCAGAUCUUGUUUCCGGCUACGCCUUGCCUCGUUUUCCCCGUCCCCUUUUGAGUGUGUGAAUACUGUGGCAUGUAAAUAAAAUACAACAUAUAGUGAAAAGGAAACACAAGAUGAAGUGCGAGACUCUCAGGGCUUGUAUUCUUUCACAUAGAUACUAGUUAAGUUCGUUUGGACUUUGCAAGCACCACAGAUAUUCUACUUUGAUUACACUAUAUUUUUCUCACCCAAGCGUCCGGAUCGAUCAUAGUAAUAAAAAGCUUCCUUCAGAGCAGCUCCUCAGGUUCAUGAUCACGCCAUUCUACGAGAGCCAGCGUGUGGCGGCCACCACAAGCAACGAGGGUCGCACACCAACGGCCUUCUGCAGUCACAUCCUUGGGAGGAGGGAUGUUUAUAGGCACUUCUGCCGGAUGCCCGGUCGUUGCUUUCCUUCCAUAACCUAAACGACCGUGGUCUCCUCGUCCGAACUGACGUGAUCAGAAUUCAGAAUUAGUUGUCGUGUAUGUAUCUAUGCUUCAGAUUAUUUGAAAGAUAUUGAAAACAAACAAGCAGUAUCAACACAUAAACAAUUCAUAAGGAAGCAAUUUUAUCAUGCCUGUGACUGAUAUAA